GGCGUGCAACAGUUGUGAUGUGGGUUGCAUUUCAUAAACAAAAAUUCGAAACAAGCUGUAAAAACUAGCAAGCCUUCUCGUAUGUGGAUGCAAUUGUCUGUAGUACUUAAUCAAUUGAAACAUUGGCAAGCACAAUCAAUCUCAAAAUAUGUCGAACACAGAUCUACAUGUACAGUGCAAUGUAGUGGAGGUUGACCAUCAGAACGAUGAUAUCAAGGAUGAUUAUGAGUACAUAUUUCUAUCAGAUGGAUCGAAUACGCAGUUAGAUGAUUUCUUAGAGACAUGGCGCGAAGAAAUCUAUCGGAAACAUAGGAUUCUUCGCUUGAAUGACGAUUGUUUCUUCAAAAUCUUCAGUUAUUUGCCGGCGAAUGAUUUGUGUGCGAUCAGCGAAACAUGUCGUGAUUUCCAAAGACUUUCCCGCUAUUACGUCGAAGGGCAUAGCAAAAGAUUUCACUUGGAACGGGCGAGUUUCUACAACAAGUGGUCUAAAAUCAGAUUGAAUGAUGCUAAACGGUUCAUUCGGAACUUCGGUCAAAACCUCAAAAUAUUGUCGCUCAAAAACGACGAGUUUGAGAGUGAUGCAAAUCCGAUGAGACUGCUGCCUCUACUAGACCGAUAUUGCACUCAGUUGCAGGACUUUGUAAUAGACGUCAGCCAUUUGAAUCCAAUGACAAUUAUCCAGUCCGAACAACUGAAUGCUAAUUUGCAACGAUUGUCGAUCGGAGCAUAUAUGAUACCCAGUGAUACCAACAUAUUCGGCCCACUAAAUAUCGACGCAAUUUUGACACACUUUACAGCGUUGAAACAUUUGGAGGUGAAUCACUUGCGUUGGACCGUAGGUGAAGGUGCGUACAUAGCGAAGCGUUACGAAGCAUUAGAGUCCUUAUCGCUGCAGAGUUUCAUUUUACCGCCUGUCGACACGUUAACAGCUUUCCUCAGCGAAAAUCGACAAUUGAAGAGAGUGAAGUUCUCGUGUUGCUUCUUUAAUAAAUGCACGUAUCCACUAACACUGCCAACAAUUCCAAAUUUGGAGUCAUUCACGUUACUUAGUGACAACAAUUUUCAUGUAUCCCAUGAUGACAUCGGAGGUAUGCAAAUACAUCAGCUUCGUUUGUCGGAUAUUACGGGCGAUAUUCCAGCACUAAAGAAACUUCGAAUCGACUUGAAAAAUUUUCAAAAAUCCAACCUCAACCCACUUCUUGACCGUUUAGCAGUGCACAAUACCAUCGAAAAAAUUUGUAUUGAGAGAACCCAUGAAUUUCCUGACGAAAUGGAAAAACACUUGUGUGCACUGACCUCGUUGAAAAUAUUGAGGUUUACCUGGGUUAAAGGUUUUACCAAUGAAAUUGCCAAAAAAUUGGCCUGUGGCUUGCCGAAUUUACCGUAUGUUGAAUUCCAUUAUUGCGAUGUUACCUUCAGUAUGAUCGAAUAUUUUCUGGAAUUUUCGCAUGGUGUUCAUACAAUUUGUCUUUUUAUGCAUGUACUGCACAAGAAAAGAUCACCGUUCACGAAAGCUGUGUUGUUGUCUAUGAUCAAUGCUCGACGCCGAAACAGACACAGGAAUGUGGUAUUGACGUUGAUUCUAAAUGACAAAGUCAUAUCAGAGGCAAAAAGAAAUGAGGAAGGAGUUCUUAAAUUGUUACUGGACUGUGCUGAUGUUAUCAGAGUACUCCCAUCACGUACGAUAAAUAUUCUGAAGUAAAGGUACUUUCUUAGCGAGGCUAAUGUAUAUUGCAUUACAAUCAUUCCAAAUAAUUUGAAUACUUGGACGUCUUAAACUUUAGGAAGGAAGGAAGGCAAAGUAAAAAUAUCAAAUUGUAAUCAAAUACCAAAAAAUAUUAUCAAAACGAUGACUUUUCUACGGAAUAAAUUUUAACUAUUUGUUAAGUCA